AUGACGGUCUGCCGAAGAGGAGCAGCCGUAUUGAUGGGAGACUUGUUUGAGUCGAUUUCUUCGCAGUCUAAUAAUUGAAUUACGAUUAGUUGCAAAAGUCACGAUAAUGAAGAAGUACUCUUACCAUUUGCUGUUGGUUGUCGCUUUUUGUUUUCUGCACACUCGAUCAGUGACAGCGAUAAAUGCCCAGAAGAUAUGCGAAUUGAAACAUAAAAUCGGAAGUGAAAAGUUUCCAUCAAACUUUUCGUUUGGCGUUUCGACCGCCGCUUAUCAGAUUGAAGGCGCUUGGAAUGAAGAUGGUAAAGGUUUAUCGAUCUGGGAUACUUUUACACACGACCAUCCCGAAAUGAUAGAUGAUCGCUCGAAUGGCGACAUUGGUCCAGAUUCCUAUCAUCGUUUUGAACAAGAUCUAGCAGCACUUAAAGAACUUAAGGUGAACUUCUAUCGUUUUUCGAUUUCAUGGCCUAGAAUCUUGCCAAAUGGAGAUAUUUCGUCAAAAAAUCAGAAGGGCAUCGAUUACUACAAUAUGGUUAUUAACAAGCUCAUAAGUAAUGGUAUUGAACCAAUGGUAACUAUGAUUCAUUAUGAUCUGCCACAAGCCUUAAGCGAUUUGGGAGGAUUUACAAAUGAAAUAUUUAUUAAAUAUUUUCGCUAUUACGCAGACACCUUAUAUGAAAAUUUUGGUGAUCGUGUCAAGGUAUGGGUUACUUUUAAUGAGCCCUUUGAUUAUUGUGUACCAGGGUAUGGCAGUGGUAAUUUUCCACCAAUGGUUCGUGCUCCUGGCGUGGCUGAUUACAUGUGCAUGGAAACUACUUUGAAAGCACAUGCUGCAGCUUAUCGUCUCUAUAAAGCAAAGUACUUCGAAACCCAAGGCGGUAAAGUGGGCAUCACAAUAAGCAGUCGCUUUUUGUAUCCGAAGACGAAUGAUAAUGAUGCAGUAGAUCGUGGAAUGCAAUAUUCGUUGGGUUGGUUAGCACAUCCCAUAUUUAGCUUGUCGGGAAAUUAUCCAUACAUUAUGAUAGAGGAUAUUGUUAGUAACAGCCAGAAAGAAGGACGAGCAUGGCCACGAUUAUCAGCUCUUAAAAGUUGGUGGCUAAAUGCCAUUAAAGGAUCUGGUGAUUUUUUGGGCUUGAAUUACUACUCAUCCCGUUAUGUUGAGGAAGCACUACCACCAAAAGGUGUAGUGCCUUCUUGGGACCAUGAUGCACACCUGAAAUAUGACAUUGAUAGCAAAUGGAGACGCGCAAAAUCCACAUGGUUGUAUUGCGUGCCAGAAGGCUUAGAAGAUUUACUAAAGUGGAUACGUGAUAAUUACAAUAAUGUUGAAGUUAUAAUAACAGAAAACGGUUGGUCGGACGAAGGUACACUAGAUGACAGCGAGCGGAUCGAUUAUUUGAAGGCCCACCUGCAAGCCGUGUUAAAUGCUGUGAACAGUGGCUGUAAUGUUUCGCGCUACACUCAUUGGAGUUUAAUCGAUAAUUUUGAAUGGCAGAGAGGUUACACUGAAAAAUUUGGUUUGUACUAUGUUAACCUGACAAGCGAGAACAAGGAACGUAUUCCGAAAAGGUCUGCAAUUUAUUACAAACGUGUGAUUGAGACUAAAACAGUUAUCGAUAAUUGAUGUUCUAUAUAUUGUUUGAGAUUACGACACACCUUCUGUAAUUAUUAAAUUUGAUAUGGUGAUAAUUUUA